AUUUGGGAGGGGGAAAAUGACGAUGAGUGGUCAAAGUCAUGAAAACGACUCUGCAAAAGUUAUCUUCCUUUGUUGUCCUUCUUUACCCAAGUUUAUGGGUGCUUUACAUCCUGCAGGUGCUUUAUAUGCUCAACCAGUCAAUUUGAAACAAGCCAUUGACCAACAUCAGGCGUUUCGUGCUUUGUUGAAAAGACAAGGAAUAAAGACUCUGGAAGUAUCCGAAGUGCUUGCCCACGAUACAGAAACCAGUGUGAACGCGCGCAUGGAUUUGGAAGAAUUAGCAGCCAAGUCACUCAUCUAUCGAGCGGAACCCGAGUGUUUGGAAAGGUUUAAAGCGUUGGGCGGUGAAUAUUACAUAAGUGAAGAGUACAAGCGCUUAGUUUUGGAAGCCAUGUCUUCGGACCAAUUGACAGAUAUCGUGAAAACUUUUCCAACGGUGACUAUCACCCACUCCACUAGAGACACCGGUGUAUCUGCUUCCUAUUCGUUUCAACCACUUACCAAUUUGGUAUUCACCAGAGACCAACAAGUGACAACUAGAAAAGGUAUCGUAUUAGGAAGACCCAGUAGCGUUCAACGCGAACACGAGGUCAACGUGAUGGAGUUUUGUUUCAGAAAAAUGGGGUUUCCAACCAUCGACCGCAUACCUGCACCUGCACAUUUAGAAGGCGGGGACUUUUUUCCAGCUGGAGAUGACCUUUGUUUUAUUGGUGUAGGAUUGAGAACCGAUAUGAAUGCUGUUGAAUAUAUGUUGAAAAAAGAUUUGUUUGGUACACGACGAGUAGCGGUGGUGCGCGAUGAUUAUGAUAGAAACCAAGAUAGAAUGCAUUUGGAUUGCGUAUUCAAUAUACUAAGUCCAGACUGUGUGUUGUUGUAUGAAGAUAUGGUUGGAAAGAAUAACCCCAUUUUGAGACAAGUCGAUGAGUAUGUGAAGAAGGAAAAUGGACAAUAUGCACUUGAAAGAAGCAAUAUUGAAUUUUCAGAAUAUUUGAGAGGUGAAGGCCUUUCUAUCAUUUUUAUACCUGCCAAAGAACAACUACAGUAUGGAUGUAAUGUAUUGAAUUUGGGAAAUAAGAAUAUAGUUGCCGUUCAUCCUACAACUGCACGUAGAAUUGCAAAGGCUCCUUGUUUCGAUGGUAAUGUGGAAUUUAUAAACAUGUCUGCUAUCACAGCCAUGUAUGGUGCAGCACACUGUGCAUCUCAAGUAGUGUAUCGCGAUGUAACUGGUUCGUGUGAAAAAUGGGAUGGCUUCCAUAAUGAACUUGAUUCUUCUCCUCGAAGACAAGUACCUACUGCAUGGGGUGAUUACAUAGGAAACAAUGCCUAGAAAUAGAUUGGAACUGGAAGAGAAGCACUAGCAUGGAUAGAAUUGUGAAAAUAUUUUUGUGUGAAUCUAUAUUCUCCUGACUUUGGAAUUUCAAGGACCCAAAACCAAUCUAAACUAUGCAGCAGUAAAAGAACAAACAGACCACGUACUACUUUAUAGACACAA